GGAACGAAGGACGAAUCAAUUUGCUUCAGAGUGACAGUGAUUAGUCAUAGUUGAAGGAAGAAGUGAGGAACCAGUCGAUUUGGAUUACCUGUUGAAUCGUUAAACAGUUUAAAAGUGAAUCAAGUGUAAUUAGACUAAAUUUCGCGUACGAUUGUACUUUGGCCAGACUCUCGACGAUAUUUAAUAAAUUGUUGUUUGAACACGUUUGUAUGACGAAACGAAGAUGGUGAAUGUUGUCCACUCCAAGAAGAGGGCGCCUGAUGGCGGUUGGGGGUGGUUCGUUUGCCUAGGCAGCAGCCUAAUCACGCUUUCUUUGAGAUCUCUGGAUCCUUCGUUCGGUCUUCUCUUUCACGAUCCUUUGGAGGAACUUGACGUCGACUCCACAGGAACGUCGUUGAUAAUGAGCAUUCUUGACGCUAUCGUCAAUUUUUCAGGUCUCUUGAUAGGACCCCUCCUAAAAAAAUACUCCUACAGACAAGUAGCCUUCUUCGGGUCUCUUCUAAGUUGCACAGGCCUGAUACUCACAUCCAGAGCCAACAGCAUGUUCCACAUAAUCUGCACAUACAGUAUUUUAGGAGGCUUAGGAACCGGAUUAGCGAUCGCAUCGUCGUUCGUAGCGUUGAACACGUUCUUCGAUAAAAAACGGGGACAAGCUGUCGGUUUUUCUAUGGCUGGGACAACUCUAGCCAUGAUGCUGGUUCCACAAUUCGUACACCUCCUGUUGGCUGCUUAUGGGUUUCGAGGAGCAACCAUGAUCGUUGGUGCAUGGGCCCUGCACUCCACCGUCGGUGCUUGUUUACUACGACCCCUGGAAAACAAAAAAGAAAAACAAAUUAGAAAGCUUACAGAGAUGAACAAGAUCCCAGAAGGUAGCACUCUGUUGCACGCAAACAACAAUGGAACGGAAAUAAAUCCAAAAAACAGCACCAAAAUCACCAAAAUCACCACAAUCGAUGCAACAAACGAUGAUGAUGACGAAUCUGAAGAAAAAGAGAAAGACGAGCCAUUCAUCGAGAAGAUUAAAAAGACUUUCGACUUGGAUCUCCUCAAAGAUGGCGUCUACUUAAACGUUAUCAUUGGUUUGAGUCUGUACUACGUCGCUGAGUCCAAUUUCAAACUGAUGACUCCAUUUUUCCUGUCUAGCAUAGGAUUGUCCAACGUGGAAGUUGCCUCUUGUUUGUCAAUAACCGCAUUCACCGACAUUCUUGCCCGCCUACUACUCCCAACCAUCUUCGACAGAUUCGGUUUCAAGAAGAGGUCCAUCUUCUGGAUAUUCUGCCUUCUCGUUGGAAUUGGACGAUCCAUUAUGGCUGAGCAAUCGAAAGGCGUGUUUUUGAUAGUGACUUUCGUCGUGAUAGGAUUCCUGCGUGGCGCCACGUUGGUCAACUUGAAUCUCAGCGUGUCCGAAUGUUGUUCCUUGAAAAAGCUUCCCAGCGCCUUUGGGAUAUUCAUGGUGUCCAAGGGAUUGUUUGUCGUGACCCUGAGUCCCCUGAUCGGGUAUAUCAGAGACGCCAGCCAAAGUUAUACCGUUUGUGUACACGUGAUGACGUUCAUGAUAAGCGUCACUUUUGUCACAUGGAGCAUCGAAUUUGUGUACAGUUUGCUUAGAAGGAGGGCUAUCUCGGCUAAGCAAGCACGGAACGAAGUAAUAGAGUGAUAACGUUGUUCAGAUAUCGCGGAGAAGCUACACGAAGAUCUGGUUUUCACGUAUCGAGUCGAGAAACAUUAUUUAUUUGUAAACGACAAAUAAUAUUUUCCUUUAUCGAUGACGAUUUGCGUUCAAAUUUAGUCAUCAUUCUCUUCAUUCAUCGUUGAUAGUAAUU